CGUCAUGCUACCACCAUGUCAUCAUACUCAACAACCACCACCGCCACCGCCACCCUACCCCCACCCCACCAUCAUCUCCCUCCCACCAAACUCCUCCCCCGCCGCUCCUUACUAAUCCUCUCAACAACCACCACUCUUUCCCUCCCUUCUCUCUCCAUUGCCUCACCACCACCACCAUCACAACCAGAUACUACUAUUACCGACAGAGUUUUUAUGGACUUUAGUAUCUGUCCUAGCUACUUUCAAACCCGAACCUUAGGUUCGGACCUGGCUCUCUGCCCUGACUCUGAACCUGUUGGACGUGUUGUUCUUGGGUUGUACGGAAACCUCGUACCCAUUACUGUUUCUAACUUUAAAGCCAUGUGUACAGGUGUUUCUGGAUACUAUAAAGGGACGUUGAUUCAGAAAUUAUUUCCGGGUAACUAUUUUAUGGCAGGAAAACAGGGACGCAGAGAUAAAGGUGAAGUGAAGCCGCCUGUGAAUUUGAUUAAGAAUACAGAGACUAUUGAUCCAAAGGCGUUUCAAUUAAGGCACACCAAAGGUGGUAUUUUGUCGUUGUGUCUUUCAGAGAAUGAUGAUGACGAUGACAUUAAACUUGAUCCCAAUUAUUCAAAUGUGGAGUUUAUGAUCACUACUGGUCCUGGUCCGUGUCCUGAUCUUGAUGGGAGGAAUAUCGUCUUUGGCUCUGUUCUUGAAGGUAUGGAUGUUGUGGCAAGCAUUUCUUCAAUUCCGACAUUCAAACCAGGGGAAAGAAUCCGACAAUAUAAUGACUUGGCGGAGUUUUUUGGAGAUGGAAGAGCUAAAAAUGCCCGUGCGAUAUGGGAUAGACCCCAAAAAACCCUGUAUAUCAGCAACUGUGGAGAAGUUAAAGUAACAAAACCUACCCUUUCACCAUCAUUACCUUAAUAAGUUGAUUAUAUUACUAGAUGAUCAUGUCCAUGCCAUGUUUUUGUUGAUGGAAUUUAACCUGAAAUUGGGUAAGGUCAUUGUAAAUGAUAUAUACCUAAUAUGAUGUAAAUUUACAGACCACUUAUAACAGUUGCAUUUUCGUUUUAUGAAAGUUUAUCGAUUCCGAGAAA